GAAGAUAUAUUUAAAAGGACAGCACUAUACCUUUUGCUCCUGAAUGCUUCACUAAACACAACCAAAAUGUUGUUGGUUUAUUCUAGUUUGGUGUUUUACGCUGGUUUAUUUCUGGGUGUCGAAGGUCAUGGUCGACUGAUGGACCCGCCUUCCCGGUCUAGUAUGUGGCGAUUGGGGUUCAAGACUCCAUUCAACUAUGAUGAUAUUGAGCUAUAUUGUGGAGGAAUGGCGCAUCAAUGGACAUUUAAUCAUGGAAAAUGUGGAAUAUGUGGUGACCCUUAUGAAGGCCCACGAAAGAAUGAAGCAGGUGGUAAAUAUGCAACUGGAAUCAUCAGUCGUUAUUAUCACAAAGAACAAAUCAUUACAGUUGAUGUUGACCUGACCACCAACCAUUUAGGCUGGUUUGAGUUCCGCUUAUGUCCAAACAACAAUGUAAAGAAACCUGCUACCCAUGAAUGCCUGAAUAAAUAUCUUCUCCGACAGGCCAAUGGCAAUGGAACUAGACUUUAUAUUGGUCAAAAAGUGGGACAUAUUUUUACAAAACUAAAAUUACCAGCUGGUCUUACUUGCUCUCAGUGUGUUUUACAAUGGAAAUACCAUACAGGGAACACAUGGGGUGCAGGUAAUAAAUGUGUUGGAAUGGGAUGUUCCGAUGCACAAGAAGAAUUCUAUGGCUGUGCUGAUAUAGCCAUCUUGGACAAAGGUGCACCAAUUCCAUCAACAAUACGACCACGAACUGCCAAACCUCAUGUCAGUACUUCAAGAUCAGGCCACAUGAAACAUUCCACAAACCAUCGAAGACCAUCAACACAAAUUCCAAGACGUUCUACAAGUGUCCCUCAAAAAUUCAAGAAUUGUCAUGCUAUUGGUGCCUGGGCUGGUAUCUAUGAUAACUGGUGCAAAGACUUCUGCCCAAAGGGAAGCUGCCCCAAAAAUAUGUGUCGUUGUGCCUGAAUUUCAUAAAUAAAACUUAUUUCUAUAUCCUGA